AUGUAUUACUACAUGCAGUACUCUUACAGUAUUUGGUUGUAUUUUCACACAAAUGUGCUGCUUGAAUAAUACACCCUUUAUGGUGGGUGAUUUGCUACAGACAAUAUCAGUAGCUAGCAUAUUUCACGUGUUGCUGCUAGAUAUUUGGAUGAAAGGUUAUUGACCUUUCUUAUAGUCAAUGGAUCUAUCGGGACCAAAUCUCAUCUCACAUUUCAGUCUUAAGAGAGAAAUAUGUAAUUCGGUGUGUAGGCCUAAGCUAUGCAGUUUGUAUGACCUAUAUUUAGGCACAGGACCUCAGAUGAAUAGUGAGAUUUACUAUGGGCACUUUAACACUGAGUCAGAGAUUCUUACUGUACGUUUGUUGGUAGAUUAUUUCAUGGCUUUCAGUUUGACUUGCCUGUAUGAAUAGCUAGAUUGGCUAAUGACCGCAGGCUUAGCAUGAGGCAAAGCUACUGGUGUGAUUUGUGUGUGGUGGGGGCGUUCUCGACUGACAUUCUCUAACAAUAAGAGAAAGAGGAGUGCACGAGCCCGCGCACCCCGCAAGCUACUUCCCAGUAAUACCGAGCGUCAGCCAUUCUUAAAACAUUUGGUAGAUUAGUGGAGUGGACUGGGGAAGCGAGAGGAGGAUAAACUAACCGGACAAAGAUGUAAAUAAAAACAGUCGUCCCCACAGAGCGAGGCGGUCUUCACCAGAGUGUUUUUGGAUCAAUCAGGCAGACAGUGGCUUCUUUUGAUUAAACACUAAAUUGUCAUUGGGCAGAAGUAAUCAUGUGACAGGCAAUUCGGUCCAAUUUCAACCUUGUCUCCAUGAAUUCAAUAGUUUAGUAGUAGCUCGGUCCCCACACGGCCGUAAUCAUUGAAAUAGGAAAAAAGGACACGAGGAGAUUUUUUUAAAUGUUUUUUUCUCUCUCUUUCUCACUGAGCCGCCACAUUUAUAAAAAUACUCGUGCAAACUUUCCUCGGCUCUCAGGGAGUGGAGAUGAAUUACGAAUACGAGCGAGAGAGCGGUUUUAUCAAUAGUCAGCCGUCGCUUGCUGAGUGCCUGACAUCUUUCCCCCCUGUCGGUGAUUCAUUUCAAAGUUCAUCAAUCAAGAGCUCGACGCUUUCACGCCCGACACUUAUUCCUCCUCCUUUUGAGCAGACCAUUCCCAGCCUCAACCCGGGCAGCCAUCCGCGGCACAGCCGGCCUAGGCAUAGCCCCGAUGGAUGCAGUCCACUGCCCACAGCCUCCUUACCCCCGGAGUACCCAUGGAUGCGGGAGAAGAAAGCCUCGAAGAAGAACCACAUGCCAACUUCCACCGCCACCACAAUCUCGAAUGGACCUAUGUGCUUCUCUCCAAAAGGCUCGCCUGAGAUUCUGGAGAGUGGUGGUGGCGGAGGAGGGGGCUCCCGACGACUGAGGACAGCCUAUACUAACACACAGCUGCUGGAGCUCGAGAAGGAAUUCCACUUCAACAAGUAUCUCUGCAGACCGAGGAGAGUCGAGAUAGCUGCCCUACUGGACCUCACCGAGAGGCAGGUGAAAGUGUGGUUCCAGAACCGACGCAUGAAGCAUAAGCGUCAGAACCACAGCAAAGAGAACCACAACGAAGAGGGCAAAGCGCCCGGCUCCGAGGACGGCAUCCACAGCGAUGAGGACGACGAGGGAUCAAUGUACGAGAAGAGUUGCAACCCUGGGAACGGGGCCCUGCUGGAGAGAGAUACCUGCUCCUUUCAGCUCAACCCGCUCGGUUCAACGCAGCAGCUCCAGAAUGUAGGCCCGCACAAUAGCGAGGUUGCGGGCUUUACAGUUUCACCACUGAACAGCAAUGACAAAAAUCUGAAACAUUUCUCCAACCCGUCUCCCACUGUUCCAGGCUGCAUGUCAACAAUAGGCCCCGGCUCUGCAUCUUGCCCGGACAAUGGUGACUGUCCCACAAGCCUGGAUCUUUCUAUACACGAUUUCCAAGCAUUCUCUUCGGAUUCUUGCCUUCAGCUCUCCGAUGCAGCCUCGCCAGACUUGUCAGAAUCACUGGACAGUCCAGUGGACAUAUCUACGGACAGCUUUUAUUUUUUCUCGGAGUCCCUUACUACGAUCGACUUGCAGCAUCUAAACUAUUAAGUGAAUUCAAUCAAAAACUUGUUUCUUCAGGGACGGUGCAGCCAGGCAGUGAUGGUAUUAACUGUAAUGUUAGUUCUGUUUCUGUAUAUCCGGGAUAGUUAUUAAUUAUAUUAAACAAGGAGAUUAAACCAAGGUAAGGAAGAAAGUUUAUAAUUUAACAUUAAAAACAAGAACCGUUCAUAUAGUUACCAUUACAAAUUGUUCUCCUUAAAUAGAAUGUCUGAGUGUAUGGGAAAUAUAUGAAAAUAAUAGGCAAAUGGAACCUGGUAACUUUUAUUUUUGUAUAGCUCCAAUGUCUUCGAUAUUUUUUUUAGAAUACAAUUAACUUACUACAAAUACCUGUUCGUGUGUCUCUUUUUUCUUGUGCACUUAUACUUGUUCUGUUUAAGGAUCUUUUUAAAAAGUUGUAAUAUGUUAAUGUGAUUGACUAGCACCCAAUGACCUCAUGCAAAAUGGCUAUACAGCAAUACAGAGAUAAUUAUUUACGGCUUACGGUUUAACGAUUAAAACAUAGUAGGCUAUA